GUCACCGUCUGAGUCACUACAAUGGCAGAUUCGUCACAACAUCCAUCAGUGUUUCAGAAGAUAUAUGGUCGUUCUUACCUCACUUCUAGGCUUUCCCCUGGCUUUCAGACCAGGAAUUACAGUACAACAGGUGUACAUGUGAAUGGAGGUCUGGUGAGUCCCUUACAGGCGGCUUAUUAUGGGACUGGCUUUGCUGGAGUUUCACCUACUCAUUUUCUUGUACAAGCUCCUUCUGAAAAAGGUGCAGCCGGCUUUGCUGUGGAUUUUCUAAUGGGAGGAGUAUCUGCUGCUGUAUCCAAAACGGCUGCUGCUCCAAUUGAGCGUGUCAAACUGCUGAUUCAAAAUCAGGAUGAAAUGAUUAAGGCCGGUAGGCUAUCUGAGCCAUACAAAGGAAUUACUGACUGCUUUGCCCGAACAAUUAAAGAUGAAGGAGUCAUUGCCCUAUGGAGGGGGAACACUGCAAACGUUAUCAGAUACUUCCCCACACAAGCUUUGAAUUUUGCCUUCAAGGAUUACUUCAAGAGGUUGUUCAACUUCAAGAAAGACAGAGAUGGUUACUGGAAAUGGUUUGCUGGGAAUUUGGCUUCUGGUGGUGCUGCUGGUGCAUCAUCUCUUUUAUUUGUUUAUUCCCUUGAUUAUGCUCGAACUCGUCUGGCUAAUGAUGCUAAGGCUGCUAAAAAAGGUGGUGAGAGGCAGUUUAACGGUCUUGUUGAUGUUUACAAGAAAACCCUUAAAUCUGAUGGCAUUGCUGGGCUGUAUCGUGGAUUUAACAUCUCUUGUGUUGGAAUUAUUGUGUAUCGUGGUCUAUACUUUGGAAUGUAUGAUUCUAUGAAGCCUGUGGUUCUGGUUGGCGACUUGCAGGAUAGUUUUCUCGCUAGUUUCUUGCUUGGAUGGUGUAUCACAAUAGGAGCUGGUUUGGCCUCUUACCCCAUUGAUACCGUCCGAAGAAGAAUGAUGAUGACCUCGGGAGAAGCCGUCAAGUACAGUAGCUCCUUGGACGCAUUCAAACAAAUCAUCAAGAAUGAGGGUACUAAAUCUCUCUUCAAGGGUGCUGGAGCAAACAUUUUGCGUGCCGUUGCCGGUGCUGGUGUGCUGGCUGGGUACGAUAAGCUCCAGCUCAUUGUUCUCGGCAAGAAAUACGGUUCCGGUGGUGGCGGUUAAAAGAGCUUUUGAAAAGACUGCAGGGUGAGUAAAAAUUGUGUAGUUUCUGAAUAAGUUGUAAUGAACGAAUGUUUCCUUCAGCUUCUGUAGAGUCACUAGGAGGAAUCCAUUCUAUCAAAGCAUCGCCAAAAUUCUGAAUGUGUUUGUGCUUGAGCUUGAAGAUGUAAUUUUGGUCAUCCGAGAAUUCUUAGCCAUAGUCAUUGCCUCGAACCGAAAUGUUUGUAUUUCGAGCAUUGCUCAUUCGUUUGGCAUAUCGACACUCUGUUUUUAGCAGACUGUCAGUCUCAAACACUGUCUUGCUUAGCUUCUUCUAUAAUAUUAUUCAAGUUUGCUUUC